CUUUUUACUCGUGAAGACGCGGAGCUUCGUGGCGAGUCGCCGGACAACUAACGUUCUAGUUACGCAGUGAUCAUAAAAUACAUUUGGUAGUGUUAAAUCUUAAAUCAUGGACGUGUUGGAAGUCCUCAAUUUGGCCGAUGUAGCCCAAACGUUCUCAAAAAUGGGAAUGUUUCCAGUUUUUGAUCUUGCUUAUUACAUCGUGUCCAUACUCUACCUCAAGUAUGAACCAGGGUCAGUAGAGGUGGCUCGCAAGAGCCCUGUGGCCUCUUGGCUCUGUGCCAUGCUGUAUUGCUUUGGGAGCUACAUCUUAGCAGACGUUUUGCUCGGCGGUUGCCCCCUGGACUAUUUUCAAUACAACAGCCACAUCCUCCUAGCCUCCAUUAUUUGGUACCUCAUCUUUUUCUGCCCACUUAACCUGUUCUACAAAUGUGUGGCAUUCCUGCCUGUAAAGCUGGUGCUGGUAGCCUUAAAGGAGGUUGUCCGCACUCGUAAAAUCGCCGCUGGCGUGCACCAUGCCCAUCAUGCCUACCAUAACGGCUUCCUCAUCAUGGUCAUCAUCGGCUAUGUCAAAGGGUCAGGAGUGGCUCUCAUUUCCAAUUUUGAGCAACUGCUGCGUGGUGUGUGGAGGCCUGAGACCAAUGAAAUCCUCAACAUGUCAUUCCCUACUAAAGCCAGUCUGUAUGGAUCCAUUCUGUUUACACUUCAGGAGGCACACUUGCUUCCCGUGUCCAAGAGCACCCUCAUCUGUCUUUUCACUCUGUUCAUGGCUACUAUAAAGGUGAUUUUGACCACCCGCCACUCUCAUGGGUCUCCCUUCGUCCUCAUCGAGUCUUGGGUGUGCCACUUGCUCUUUGGCUCCCCUCUUGGAGGUGGUGAGGAGGAGCACCAUGCUGCCCCUGCCCCCGUCGCCCCUGUCUCACCAGUCAAAACCAAGGAGGAGCUCAGCGAAGGCACCCGCAAGAGGAAGUCCAAGAAAGCAGAGUAGAACGCAAACUACUACACCAGUGAAGGGGGGAAAAAGGUCCCCCCAUCCCCAAAAUGCAUCUGAUCUCCCCUCAUGGUCCAGCCUUCUGUUUACAGUAGACAUGAUGGAGUCUCCCAUUCCUUGCUGGGGAAAGGUGCAGUUUGAUGUUUACCAAAUGAGGCCCUUUCUAUUGAAGCAAAUGGUGCUUUCUAUGUCAUAUUACACAGUAUGUGGAUUCUGUAAAUAGCUCACCAGUCUCACACUUAAAUCAUCAUCCCAGCCAGUACAUAUCUACUUAUUUAUUUAUGUAUUUACUCUUCUUCUGUGAACAUCUCUGCUACUGUGUGCAACAGCAUGUGGUGAACAGUGUACUGCAAGUUACAUGAUUGUUUUAGGAUGGCCUUUGUUUCAAGUGCUUCUGCUGUUAGUUAUCAAUGUUUUUGGUUUAAACCCAGUCAGACCUAUUUUAGUAAUGUAAAGAAAUUGGAUCAAAAGCACAAUCUGACACUAGAUCAGAUGAUCAGACAACAGAAUCAAUCAGACAAAAAUAUAAUGUGAAUAACACAUGGCUGCUUUUUACAAAGAAAACAAGUGAGAUUAAUGUCCUUUUAUUAAUAAAGGCAAGUCAAAAUUC